AUGAAUAAAUGGUUUCUUGUUUUUCAUAAUAUAGAAUUAGAAGAACAGUUUUAACAAGGAUUAAAACAUGAAAUAAGAAAAUAAGUUUUUGUUGGAACUUUGAUAGGAUUAGUUAUUAUUGUUGGUUAUGAUCUCUUUGUUUAAAUCUUAUCAUAAGAUUACUAUCAUUUAAUUUUCAAUAUCAUCUUUUUAGGAAUGGCUAUUAUAUUAACUUUUGUCAUUUGGAAUAAGCAAUACUUAAUCAAAUAUGCACUCAUCAUAAUCAAUUUAUUGAUAGCUUCAGUUCAAUUUCAAUUAAACCCAGCAGUAGAAUAGUAGUACAAUUAUAUCUUUGGAUAAUCAAUUAUGGCUUCUCAUGUAAUUAUUAUCACAACAGCUGAUUUUAAGCAAUCGAUUUUUUAAAUAAUUGGACUUGCAUUGAUUCGAACUAUUAUUAUGUAUCUUAAAACAUCAACAGUUGAUCUCUAAAUGUAUUGUUAUAUCAUAAUAAUUAUGGUGUUUUAGAUAUAUGUUUAAUAUAUAACAGAUUUAGCACAAAGAAAAUAAUUUUUAUUAAAUAUAAAAGAAAAUUACUGGGGUAUUAAUUCACUUUAUUACUUUAGAAAAAUUUAUUCCAAAUUUAAUUAGAAAACCAUUUUACAUCUUUAAUUUCAAAGAUAACAUUUUUAAAUUAACUCUCAAAAAUGAUAAUCUAGAUUUUUAAAAACUCGCUAAUGAUUUAUGUGAUGGAUGCAAUCUUAGAGAAAUCCUUAGACAUUGUAAAUUAAAUACUAUUUCACUUGAAAAUUUAAUCAUAUCAAAUUAAUCCAUAAAUACUAUUGGCACUCUUGAUACUUUAAAGAACAAUAUUCAAAAUUAUUCCUUUAAAAUUUUAACUCUUGGAACAUUUUAAUUAACAUUUUCAAAAUUUUAAACUGAUAAAACUGAAUAUAUAAUAAUUUUGGAUAAUUUUGAAAGUGUAUCAUAAAAUAGCUCAAAAUAACGCAGCUUUUUAAAAAAUUUCAUCAUUAACUAAACAAAAUUAUUCAUUCAGUUUCCUAAGAAUCCAAAAAUUAUAUAUGCAAAGCUUAUAGUAUAAAAUCUUAAUGUAUUAUGUUUGCUAAAGUAACAUGAUAAAACAAUUGCAGAGUUUGAUUUGGUUAUGAUGAUAAAUAAACUGAGUAAAAUUAUAGGAAAAACUAUAAUUGAAAUGCAAGUACAAAGAACAGCAAUUAAUAUAAUUGGUUUAAAAACUUCUUUGUUAAUAUAUAUUUUACAAAUCUUUAUCAUAAUAAAAAAGCUAAAUCCAACUUAAAAAGUUAGUGUAAAAAUUACAGACUAGGAUAUUUAUAUAUUUUUACCUUUUGCUAAUUUAUUAACAAUUAUUUAAUAGAUUAGAAGAAAUUAUUUAUGUAAUUCUCUUCAUAAUUAAUUGAAAUUAUAUACUUCUGAAAAUUCCUUAUAGAUUCAUUUGAAUGAAGAAUUUUAUUAGAAAUAACCAUGA